AUGAAUAAAAAACCUAUAAAAUUAUUAUCAGAUGAUCAGUUGAAACCUGAAGUAGACUUCAAAAUAAUAUCAAUGUGGACAAUAAUUUCUUUUAAUCGCGAUCAUCUUAAUGAAGCGAAUGGAAAGAUUAUAAAUAUGCUCAACAUGUACGAAGUGAAAUUAACUGAUAACUUGAUCGUUCAUUAG